GUGGCGGGUGGGGCGGGGUGUGGAAAGGAGAGGUAGCGCCUGCGCUGAACGCGAGCCCGGGGUGAGGAGUGGCUUCUGCGCGCGCCUGGGGCAGCCGCGGUACCCCGGCCGGCGGGUGGGCCGGGGUCUGCACGCGGAGCUCACAGGGAGCGGUUGACGCCAGGAACAGUUAUGCACUGGCGUCGGUGGGUCGCGCAGGCCACCCCAGCAGGUGGAGUAGGCAGCUUGGCUCAGGCUCGAAGCAGGUGAGUCCUCUAAGACCAGCACCCAAAGACGACGAAGCACGCUCCCUGGAGUCCACUGGAGCCCUGCUCCCCAGGCCCAAGCCCUCGACCUCCUUCCUGCCCGGUCUUCUGUAUAUUCUGAGAUCUUGUCCCCCAUGAGGCCCGUGAUGAAGAUUGACGGUGGGGGCUGAUAGGGACCCCUCAGUGUCUGCGCCUGUCACUUCUGAGGGUUGAACUCUGGUCUGGGGGUGAGAGGGUCAUUGCCCCACGCCCUGUCCUGUGGGACACGGGUGUAUGGGGCUUGGUCAGGAGGUAGGAGGGUAAAUGUGAGGUAGCCGUGCUGCAAGCCAGGACGUGGUGGGAACGACAGCAGGUAACCCACCACGCCCCAAACCUUAGUCCUGCAAAUCUCUCAAUGAAAUGGACUCAGGUGCAUUAAAAUAAGUUUAAAACCAUAAUGUAAAGCUUAUGUAAUUAAGUAAUGUUAGAUUUGUUGUAAUUAUUACUAUAUAAUUAUACACUGAAGUUUUAUUUAAUUGCAGACUACAUUAGUUCUUAUUAAGUUCUUAUUAAGCCCAUGUGGGGUGACGGACAGAAUGGGUUAGUGAACGGUUAGCUCCUGCUGGACUGAGUGCUGUACUUCCCACUCACAGGAAAAUGAGGAUAAGAAUUGCACCUGCCUCCUAAAGUGUUUGUGAAGAUAAAUUUAGUCACAUUGCUCUACCAAACAAUAACAUUUGUUUUUUUUCAUCUCACUCCCCAUAAUCAGGAAUGCCUGCCUUUUCUGGACCAGGCCUGAUUUUAAAGUCCUUUUAGAAGAAGCUAUGAAGUAAGUUCCAAAACUCAGACAUCCUAAACAUAGUCUGUCGUUGGCUCCCAGCUGGGGAGGGCAGGGGCCAUUUGGAACCCACAGAACAUUUGGCCUCCUCUGGGGACAUUUGUGGUUGUCAUGUGGAGAGGAGACCAGGGGCAGGCCUGAGAGUUAGUGGGUGGCAGGCAGGCUGCUAACGCUCGCUGUACGGGGGAGCUUCCACAGUAGUUCCACAGUAGUUGGCCCCAAAAGUGAAGAGUACCAGAGUGAGAAACCCCGACCUGAGCUGUAUUCUCUCCUGUGGGUUUUUACCCUAAAGCCACAGUCUACAACAUUCAAGGGUUUCUAUGCUGGUUUAAGUUUUCUGCUCCAGUUGAUUUAAUUAAAUAAGUGGACCUCAACACCACAUACUGAAGCCAGCCUGCCUGUGAGACUCCUCACUCCACUUGCUUAGUUGUUGACCUGAGUGUGACCUACCCUUUCUGCACCUCAGUGUCCUCAUGUGUUAAAUCGGGUGGUUAUAUUGGUGGAAGGAUUAAAUGAGUUAAUAUAUAUAAUGCAUUCAGAUCAGUGCUUGACAUAUAGUAAGUGCUGUUAAAAGGGGCAGGGGUUGGUUCUUUCUGUCAUUUCCUUUGGGGUAACGUUGAUAAGCAUUUUUUUUUUUUUGAUACUAGAGAUUGAACCAGGGGUGCUUAACCACUGAGCCAUGUCCCCAGCCCUCUUCCUCUUCCUCUUUUAAUUUUACUUUUUUUAUUUUGAGACAAGGUCUUGCUUAGUUGCUAAGACUGGCUUUGAACUCAUGAUCUUCCUGCCUCAGCCUCCUGAGCCGCUGGGACUGCAGGCAGGUGCCACUGCAGCCAGUCUGAUGAGCCGUCUUGAGAUCCAGUCAUGGCUUGAGGCAGGUCCACUGGACAGGCCCAUCGAAUUCUGAGUGGCCGUGCUCAUCAGCGUGCACAGUUUGGGCAGAGGCUUUGCAUGAAUACUUCUCAGACAUCUUAGGUCUUACCUGUGGCAGCACAUUAACCAUGACCAGGCUGGGGUGGGGGCUGGAGAGGGCAUGCAACCAACCUCUCAUCACUCAUGGUGAAGGUCCAGCUCCUCAGCCUGGCUGCUUCCAGCUGGCCUCUGGUGACUCCGCAGUCGUAGUCUACCCUGGGCCUCUGGCAGUUCCCCAUGUCUGCCAUCUGCUUUGUCAAGUAAACGGGGUUCUCUGACCUGAAAGGCAGUUCUUACCUCUUGAAGGUCAAGAAGUUGAGAGAGUGACAAAUAUCACCUUCGAGCAGAAGCACCCUAUGGUUUUGACAUGUAUUUCUAAGCCUGACAGAUCUAGCCAGGCUUAAAUUCCAUUCUUUAAAACAAACAUUUCUCAUGAGACAUUAUCUUUGGAAAGAGAGUGUGUCAGUCAGCUUUUCCUCGCUGUGACCAAAAUACACAACAAGAAAGCAGAGGAGAAAGAGUGUAUUUUGGCUCAUGGCUCCAGAGGCUCAGUCCCUGGUAGGUUGAACCACUGUCCUGGGCUCAGUGAGGAAGAGCAUCAUGGCAGAGGGGUGAGGUGGAGGAGCCCUGCCCCAUUCUUGGCCCAGGAAGCAGAGAGGAGGGAAGGUGACCCUUCCAGGGCUGCCCCAGGGCCCUCCUCUGCCAGCCACGCCCCCACAGUCUUUCUGACUAGGAUGGGCUGAGGAGGUUACAGCUCUCAGUCUGAUCAUUUCAUUAACUCGGGAGCUUUUGGGGGACACUUCAUAUCCAAACCAUAACAGAGGCCUCUGGAUGGUUUGGUUUCCCACAUUCCCUCUGCUCCCUGGCACGGAGGUGUUUCCUGUGGAGCUGGAGGGCUCAUCUUUACUUGGCUCUUAAGGAGACAGCCACACUGUCCACAGCAGGGACAGAUGCCCUAUUUCUCUGGUGUCAUUAUCAAAGAUGGAGUUUCCAUAGGAAAUACUGCGACUGUCAGUUCAAAGAAGGCAUCAGCUAGGAAACUGAAGCACAGGAGAGUGCCCCCGGAUUCAUCCUCAUCCUACAGAUAGAGGGAGACCCUCAGGGCCUGUGAAUGUCCUCGUCCUCCAUGGGUCUCUGGAAGAGCAGGACUCUGCACUCUCUGGUCCUUAAGGAGCAUCACUGACACUCCAGGAAGAGGGGGGGAGAGAAGGUGGAAAGGAGAAGACAAGGGAAGCGGGGCGGCAGAGGCACCCUCCGUUGGUGGGGCUGUAGUUCUGCCUCCAGAACCGUUUCCCUGCCUGGCACUCCUGACGUCCUUUGGUAGGUCGGAAGAAAGGCGGCCAUCUUCUGCACUGCGGGCAUUUAGCAGCACCCCUAGCUUCUGACAGUGGCACUCUCCCCCUGCAAGUUGGGACAAAGAAUGGCUUUAGACACUGCCAGAAGCACCCCAGGGGAGAAAAGCUCCCCUGGUGGAGAACCACUGCUCAGAGCCAGUGUGAGAGUCAGAGCACAUCCCUCCCUGCUCCCUCACCCUGACCCGGAAGAACCUGCGUGACCCACCCUGGCUGCUACUCUGGCCUCUGCCUACUGCCCUUUUCAGCAUUCCCCGCUUCGCACUCUGGGGCCUUUGCCAGAAGUGCUUCCCAUGGCUGCCUCCUAAUCAUCUUCCAGGUCUCAGGUUAAAUGUCACCUCUCCAACCCUCCUAGCAGAAAUAGCCACACACUGUUCCUUUCCUCUACGUCACUGCCCUUUUCUUUUGUAGAUUGUUAUUAUCUGAAACCUGCUUUUCACUUCUGCUUCACAUGUCAGUGUCAUGGAAGCAAAAGUUUUGACAAUUUUGUUUGUGGUCUUUGUGUCUAUGAUAAAACCUGGCACAAAGUGGGUCCUUAGGAAAUACAGUGAAUGAAUAAAUAACUGAAGGCUUGAGCCUUGUGCUGGGUGGGGCUGGGGACCUAGAGAUGAGCCAUACAGAAGGCCUGCCCUCACAGGAUUCCAGGCUGGUGAGGGAGAGAGACCUGGACACAGAUGAUUCUAGUUCUGGUGACCAGAGAUGUCACAGCAGUGCCAGGGACCAUGAAAGCCCAGGGUGCAGGAGGGUGCAGGACUUGGAGGACACUCCCCAGACAAGGAGCACUCAUGAUUGCUCGUGGCUGAAGAGUAAGAGUUCACAGGGCAGAGAAGAGCACUCAUCACUUAUUCUCCCAUUUCCUGGGGCUUUACCUGCCCCAAAAUGUGGGGUCUCCAAGAAGAGGCCAUCUUGAACCCUGCCCUUGGCAAGCUCCUCGUCUGGUGGGAGGGGCUGUGCAGUCCCGAUCCAGGAUAGAUUGCAGCAGAGGGAAACACAGGCGUGGAAACCAUGAGGGGCUACUUGGUUCUUGUUGGGGUGUGGGAGGGAAGAGCGUCCAGUAUGAGCGGUUGUCUAGCACUCUUCUGUGCAGGAUGCUGGACAUUGGAGAGAACUCGGCCCAGUCCUGGAAUAAUGCUGAGCCCAUGUCGCACUGACCUAUGCACGUUGUGUGUCCGAGUGCUACAAUCCAGAAGGCCAACCCGGCCAUAGGCCCCACUACAGACAAGGACAUGGAGGCUUAAGAGAUGUUGAGGUGCUCACAGGGAGAGCAGCCCAGUUGGUAUCAAGUAUGACCAGAGGGUUUGGAGGGGCUGAAGUGGAAGAGUGGACACAUGCACAAGACAGCCAUCUUUUUGCACAGGUAGCAUGACUCUGAGUGGCCUUGGGCCAGUCUCACACUGGCUUCUCUUCCAUGGAGUCUGCAAAACCAGUCAGGGAAGGCUGUGUGCAGGAGGCCAGGACAGAGCCCCACUGGAGAACAGGGAAAAGUGGGAGGAAUCAUGACCUGUUUCCCUUCCCAGGAUGGAACAGCAGAGGGGGCUCCUGUUAUCGUUCGUGGGUGUACAGCUGCUGUUCAUGGGGGCGUUGUUCCACCAAAACCAUCACCUCCGUGACCUCACCUCCUUUCUGCGCCUCCUAACACAAGACAGGGCAGAGGUGAGAGAGGCUGCCCCUCGCUGACCCGUGGUUCUGAAUGUGCCUCCUGAGCUCCAGCUCCUUUUGGUCCAGGUCUGCCCGCCAGGAACCUCUCAGCAGGACGUCUACUCCAACCUCAGCCAGAUCCACCCUGUGGACGUCAGUGAGGAUGAUCUGCCAAACUGCCCCAUCAGCUCACCCUGCAUCAGUACGCGUUUGGCGGGCCUUCCAGACCCCCAGCCCCGUCCCAGGCCAUGGGGAGAUAGUGGCAAUCCCUGGGAGUCCGGCAGAGCCUGGAGGCAGAAAGCAGAGGAUCUGGUGGCUGUGGGUGAUGUUGUGGUUACCUAGCUGUAUCUCCACAAAUCACCCCAAAGCAGCGUCCGUGAGCAACCAUUACUUCCCAGAGUUUAUGUAGGUCAGGAAUUUGGGGAGGGGCUCAGUUGGGUGGUUAUGGUACAGGUUUUCCAUUCAGCUGACGAGAUGGGACUGCGGCUGCAACGGCAAUGUGCUGAAGCCCUGGGAGCUGGCUGAGUAUCUCCCUCUUGACGUCCAUUCUGCUCAACUCCAGGCCUGUCUGUGUCAACUCAUCAAAUGGGCUAGUUUGGCCUUCCUGGAGGCAUGGUGGCCUUAGAAUGAUUACUUCUUACAUGGCAGCCGUAAGCUCCAAGAGCAUGUAUUUGCACAAACAUGGUGGAAGAUACGUAGCUUCUUGUGAUCUAACCUCAAAAGUGACAUGGUGUCACUUCUGCCAUACUACAGUGAUUAAAGCCCAUCUAUCCUCAAGGUGUCAAGGACAGAGGCUACCCACCCCUUCAGGAGGAGGAAUGUCAAAUUCACAUUGUAAGGAAGGCGUGAUGGGUGAGAGAUACUGUUAUGGACAUCAGGAAAAGUCUGGAACAGGAAGGGAAUGGGAGUCUGGGGUCCUCAAUGAGAGGGAAGUGAGAAAGUAACAACUGGGGGAAUCUGGGAACCAUCUGGAAGGAAACAUCUGGGAUCUCAGGAAGCAGAUUUCGAACUACAAGUCAAAAGGGGGAAAAGCAACAGGCGAUGAGCUUACUAGAGAAUAGUGAAGAACAGUGAGGUGUGGGAGCCAUGUGUGAGGCCUAAAGGAGCAAAUAUAAUCAGGAGGGGGGUGAAAUGGGAUGACGGAGACAUUGAGAGGCGUCAAGAAAAGCAAGACGGGCAUUCUGAAGUCCUCAUGCAUGACUCAGAGCCCUCUGUAUUGGCAUAGUAGUUUCCCAGGACUCGCCAACAAAGUAUCACAAACUGGGUGACGAGAGGAAUUUAUUCUCUAAGCUAUUCUGGAGAACAGAAUUCUAAAAUCAAGGUUUUAGCAAGGCUUGGUUCCUUCAGGAAGCUCUUGGGGAGGAACCAUCCUACGCCUCUCUCCUACUUUAGGGUUGCUGGCAAUCCUUGGCACUCAUUGAUUUGUGGCAUGUCACUCUAUAAUCUCACCAUGGUUGUCUUCUCUCUGGGUCUUCACAUGGCUUUCUUAUAUGAAUACCAGUCACUGGGUUUAGGGCCCACUCAGAUCCAAUGCAGAUGCAUCUUAACAAAUUAAAACUGCAAACACGCUCUUCAGUAAAGCCACAUUGAAGUUACAGAUGGACAUGAAGUAAGGGGAGCUCUAUUCAACCUGGAGCAACUGGGUUGUGGGGCUGCUGGGAUAGGUCCCUAAACAUCCUGGGCUUCUGCAUCUCUCAGAAGGUCCUUUGAAAGUGAUGUUCCCAGAGAACCUGACAAUGGAGAAGGCAGUGGAAAAGAACCCAUUGGUGAGGCUGGGAGGUCAAUACAAACCACCAGACUGCUGGACCUGGCACCACACGGCAGUGGUGGUACCCUACUAUGGGCCAGCCCAGCACCUGCAGCAGCUUCUCUUCCACCUGCACCCCUUCCUGCAGCGCCAGCAACUGCAUUAUGCCAUUUAUGUAGUGAACCAGGUGAGACAGGGAUGAGGAAGGACAUGGGCAAAAGGGUAGAGGGUCUGGGCAUGGGCUUGGAGAGUUGGGCUGAAGAUGGCACUCCCUGAGGUGAGACUGUCUGAGUAUCUAGGAGGUUGAGUCUGGGUCAAGAAGAUCUUGAAUUGGGUGGAUCUGGAGCCAGGACUGUGGGUUGGGACUGGACUUGCCAAGUCUGGGAUCAGCCUGGGGCUCUCUAGGACCAGAGCUGGCCAGGUUAGACAAUAAACCUAGGGGGUAAAUUGAAGCACUGGGAUUGGGGGCAGUUGGAUAGUAGUUUGACUCCCAGCUUUGUCUGUUACUAGCUGUGUGGUCUGAGUGUGGGAAUCAUUAAUUUAUUCAACACACUGGUAUUCAGUAGAGCUGUGUAUGAACCAGUUUCCCCUUCAUGAUAGGGAUGAUAAUGACACUUCUGUCACUGGAUUGUGGGAGGGAUUAACCAGGUUAACGAAGGUAAAGCACUUUCGUCAAGGCCUAGCACACAGCAGGCACUCCACAGGUGAUAACAAUGAUGGCGGUGAUGAUGAUGAUGACGACUGAUGCUGUUGCUGCUGCCAACAACAGUGCUGAUGGUGGCCAUGCCGAUGGCCGUAUGGAAGAUGGUGAUGGAGAUGUGAUGCUGUGACAGGAGUGAUUGUGUUGAUAGUGUUAAAGAUGAUGACAUGACAGUGACAAUACUGAUGGUGGAAACAGUGAACAUGAUAAAGUGACAGUGAUGGUGGUGCUGAAGAUGGUCAUGAUUAAGGAGGUGAUGAGGACGAAGGAAAUGAUGGAGGAGAGUCGAACCCUGUGGUGGUUCUUGGGGCUCAGACCCAGUCUCCAUUUGGCAAGAACAGAAACCAAGACACAAUCCCUCAUCACCCCUCACCUCUGCCUCCUUCAGAUGGCCCCUUGAAAAUUAUGGAACCUUGAAGAUGGCCGAAGGAAAGCUGAGGCUGAAGUGACCGGUUGACUGGGGUAGGGGUGGGAUACAAGAAAAGCUUCCCAGGAGAAUAACUUGAACGGCAUCUUCCUGGUCAAGUAUGGGGUUUCCAGAUCCGCAGUAGAAAUGAGAAGGUAUUCCAGGCGAGGAAAUAGCCCUUGAGAAGGCUGGAGAGCACCCCUGUGGCAGGUGGAGGAACAGACCACUGCCUGACUGGGAGGGCAGCACCGAGCAUCUGUGUCCACCCCAGGUAAACAACACCGCCUUCAACGGGGCAAGCUACGCAAUAUGGGGUUCCGGGAGGCCAUGCAGGAGGAGAACUGGGACUGUGUCUUCUUCCAUGAUGUGAACCUACUCCCAGAGGAUGAUCGCAACAUCUACACCUGUGACAUCUUCCCUGCUCAUGUGUCUGUGGCUAUCAACAAGUUCAACUACAAGCUGCCCUACCAAGGCUACCUUGGAGGGGUAUUUGCCCUGCGCCCCAUUCACUACCUGAGGAUAAACGGCUUCUCCAAUGUGUACUGGAACUGGGAUGAUGAGGACAACAUUGCUACCAGGGUAAAACUAAGUGGGAUGCUCCUGUCACGGCCCCACCUACUCUUUGGCCGCUACCACAUGCUAGAGGAGGGGCAGGAUCAUAGCCAGAAGCAGAGCGUCUGGAGACUUGGUCUUCGGGCCUGGAUCCACCAAAGGUGGAGACACGAUGGCAUCAACUCACUGGGCUACAGGCUGCUGGCCAAGGAACGGCAUCCCCUCUAUACCAACCUCACUGUGGACAUCAACUUCCAAAACCCAGAAGCCCCAGUGCCAAACAGAGGUAUCUGGAGGCUGAAAGAGAGCUUCUGAGGCCAGGGUUUCGUGGCAUCCUUCCCACCCACCCCACCUGAUUUUUUAAUAAAGGAAUUCAUUUUA